AUGACGUCUGCAGACUCCGGUAUAUAAGACUGGUGUUUGUCUGUACUGCAGUUUAGUUCUACAGCGGAAGCCGAAAGAAGAGGCACUGUACUAGCACAAUAUAAAAUAUUAACUGCGUUAUUUAAAAAGGUGCAAACAUGCAGAUCUUUGUGAAGACCCUCACUGGCAAGACCAUCACCCUUGAGGUUGAGCCCAGCGACACCAUUGAGAACGUGAAGGCUAAGAUCCAGGACAAGGAAGGCAUUCCCCCUGACCAGCAGAGGCUGAUCUUUGCUGGCAAGCAGCUGGAAGAUGGCCGCACCCUCUCUGACUACAACAUCCAGAAGGAGUCCACCCUCCAUCUUGUCCUACGUCUGAGGGGAGGCAUGCAAAUCUUCGUCAAGACCCUCACUGGCAAGACCAUCACCCUGGAGGUUGAGCCCAGCGACACAAUUGAGAAUGUCAAGGCUAAGAUCCAGGACAAGGAAGGCAUUCCCCCUGACCAGCAGAGGCUGAUCUUCGCCGGCAAGCAGCUGGAAGAUGGCCGCACCCUCUCUGACUACAACAUCCAGAAAGAAUCCACUCUCCAUCUUGUCCUGCGUCUGAGGGGAGGCAUGCAGAUCUUCGUCAAGACCCUCACUGGCAAGACAAUCACCCUGGAGGUUGAGCCCAGCGACACCAUUGAGAAUGUCAAGGCUAAGAUCCAGGACAAGGAAGGCAUUCCCCCUGACCAGCAGAGGCUGAUCUUCGCCGGCAAGCAGCUGGAAGAUGGCCGCACCCUCUCUGACUACAACAUCCAGAAAGAAUCCACUCUCCAUCUUGUCCUGCGUCUGAGGGGAGGCAUGCAGAUCUUCGUCAAAACCCUCACUGGCAAGACCAUCACCCUGGAGGUGGAGCCUAGUGACACCAUUGAGAAUGUCAAGGCUAAGAUCCAGGACAAGGAAGGCAUUCCCCCUGACCAGCAGAGGCUGAUCUUUGCCGGCAAGCAGCUUGAAGAUGGCCGUACCCUCUCUGACUACAACAUCCAGAAAGAAUCCACUCUCCAUCUUGUCCUGCGUCUGAGGGGAGGCAUGCAGAUCUUCGUCAAGACCCUCACUGGCAAGACCAUCACCCUGGAGGUUGAGCCCAGCGACACCAUUGAGAAUGUCAAGGCUAAGAUCCAGGACAAGGAAGGCAUUCCCCCUGACCAGCAGAGGCUGAUCUUCGCCGGCAAGCAGCUGGAAGAUGGCCGUACCCUCUCUGACUACAACAUCCAGAAGGAGUCCACCCUCCAUCUUGUCCUGCGUCUCAGGGGUGCAAACAUGCAGAUCUUCGUCAAGACCCUCACUGGCAAGACCAUCACCCUGGAGGUGGAGCCUAGCGACACCAUUGAGAACGUGAAGGCCAAGAUCCAGGACAAGGAAGGCAUUCCCCCUGACCAGCAGAGGCUGAUCUUUGCCGGCAAGCAGCUUGAAGAUGGCCGCACCCUCUCUGACUACAACAUCCAGAAGGAGUCCACCCUCCAUCUUGUCCUGCGUCUCAGGGGAGGCAUGCAGAUCUUCGUCAAGACCCUCACUGGCAAGACCAUCACCCUGGAGGUGGAGCCUAGUGACACAAUUGAGAACGUGAAGGCCAAGAUCCAGGACAAGGAAGGCAUUCCCCCUGACCAGCAGAGGCUGAUCUUCGCUGGCAAGCAGCUGGAAGAUGGCCGUACCCUCUCUGACUACAACAUCCAGAAGGAGUCCACUCUCCAUCUUGUCCUGCGUCUGAGGGGAGGCAUGCAAAUCUUCGUCAAGACCCUCACUGGCAAGACCAUCACCCUGGAGGUGGAGCCUAGCGACACCAUUGAGAAUGUCAAGGCCAAGAUCCAGGACAAGGAAGGCAUUCCCCCUGACCAGCAGAGGCUGAUCUUCGCCGGCAAGCAGCUGGAAGAUGGCCGUACCCUCUCUGACUACAACAUCCAGAAAGAAUCCACUCUCCAUCUUGUCCUGCGUCUGAGGGGCGGUCAAUAAAUUAUCCAAUUUAUUUACAUGACAACCUAACCGAAUAAAAGAUGAGAGAUUAAAUGA